GCUCAAUCGCAUACAGACUGAAAAAUUUGUAGCCCCAGUAGCCGCGAAAAGAGAGGAGACGAGGGAGAACGCUGCCCCAUCUCAACUGAAAGAGAAACACCUGUCAGUGGCAUUCACAGUUGCCGCUGCCAGCUCUGCAGAACCAGCGUACGACGAGACUAUACUUCUCCGUGGUUCGCCACUUUCCUUCGCCGCGGGAACAACUGUGCGUUCCCGCCCAGCAGACGAAAAGCGAAAAAAGACUAGAGUUUAGACUGCGUUUUACUCGAGCUAGAACUGGAAAAGAUCGAAGCCGAGGAGACAUUGACGCGGGAUCGUUCAAAGUUGAGGAGGGCUUCAAAUAUAGCUACGUGUGUUUCUAGGCUCCUUGUACCGACGAAGGCGCGCUGUGAAUGGAGAAGAUAGGGAGCAGCUGCGCGGCGACGUCGACCGGCGCUUCUUCCGUGGGGAUGAGCGCGGGAGUAGUCGGUGGAGAGCUGUCGGGAGCGGGCGGGCAGCUGGACGGCGACCUGGAACUACACGUGGACGGCAGUCUGCUUGUGGGGGAGGACGCGGCGGGAGCAGGGGCUGCUGGCGAGGACGACGUGCUAGUAACGGAGCCCGUGCUGGGGAUACGGAUGCUCAUGUCUAGUAGGGACGUUGGAAGCAUUAUUGGGAAGGGAGGAAUGACUAUAAAGGCAUUUAGAGAGCAGAGUGGAGCACGGAUAAACAUUUCCAGCAGUACAUCGUCGGAAAGAUUGGUGACAGUCACGGGGAACCGGGAGAACAUAUGCAGGGCAUUCGCUGCCAUAGGAAAGCAAAUUGAGCAGAACACGCUGCAAGCCUCAGCACAAGAGAAUGCAGACAAGUCGGAGGAGGGCGGAGUCACGGAGACCCUGCCCCCUGUUGCCACGCCUGACACGCCCCUCACCAUCUCAUUCAGACUGGUCAUCCAGAGCUCUCAGUGUGGCUCGCUCAUCGGGAAGGGCGGCACAAAGAUAAAGGAAAUACGAGAGACGACUGGGGUGUCCAUUCAGGUAGCAGGUGAAACUCUGCCCAACUCCACCGAACGUGCAGUUACAAUAUCAGGGAUAUACGAUGCUCUUGUGGUGUGUGUUGGUCUCAUCUGCAACGUCAUGCUGGAGAACCCUCCUCGCGGUCCGUUUAUUCCGUAUAAACCACACUCCUUACCCAACCAGGCCUACCAACCAAGAACAACUCCGAAUGCCACAGCUGGUCCUUAUACAGCAACUGGCCCGGCCACUACCACCCAACAGAUGAGGAUACCCAAUGACUUGAUCGGGUGUGUAAUUGGAAGAAAAGGGUCGAAAAUUCACGAAAUUAGAGUUAGUAGUGGAGCUCAGAUCAAGAUAGCUGGAAAUGAAGGGGACGGAGGUGACAGGUUGGUCACUAUCACUGGCACGCCGGAGGCCGUUGGCAUGGCGCAAUACCUCAUCAACUCUAGAAUACAUUCAGAGGUUAACAGUUUCAUCACCAUGGGAACAAGCAUGUCAGUAUGACAUCAUCCCCACGUCGUCGUUUUGUCUCUCGUUCAAACUGUUUUCAAUUUCACAAUCCACCAAUCGGAUGAUAGCGACCGAGUAUUAUAUCACGCGUGACAUCUCUACACGAUGUGUGCGUGUGCGGAGGAGGGAGGAGAUGGAGGGAGGGGUGGAGAGAUAAAGGCACAGGAAAUCCAAACUCUCACAGUUUAUAACAAUAAUAUACUCUCACACACACCAGUUUUGUGGUAUACACCUUGCGUUAAUUAUGUCACCCACACAUCCACAAACUGUAUAUACCAUGGGACACGCACGGAUUCCAGCACCUAAUUCUGCAUUGCAAUGAAACCGACGUAUUUGUAAAUAAUACAAAUUGUGAAGAAUUGUUUCAUUUGUCAUAUAUAUAUAUAUAUAUAUAGAUCACCACUUGUGUUAAAGACUGCAGUCACCACGGGUUGCAUGCUGAAACAUA